AAAAAACACGUGCAAAAGAGCCAUGGAGAAGAAUCCUAUCAGUAAACUCCAAGAAAUCACCCAGUCAUGGAAACUAGCCAUCCCCUCGUACAGAGAGUCGGACGGGACCUAUCAGUUGUUCGGUUGUGAAGUGACCAUAAAUCUAGAGGGAGAAACGAUAGCAUUCUCGGCCCUUGGGAGGAACAAGAAGGAGAGCAAGGCCAAAGCUGCCGAGAAGGCUCUGGAAUACAUUAAAGAAUACUGUCCACAUUUUAUGGAGCCGCCUCCGUUGCCACCAUUGGAAUCAAUUGGUGCAGUUGGUGGUGCUACUGCAGUUUUAAAGAAUCCUUCCUCUCAGUUAAACAAGCAGAAAAGUGAUGCACUUGAUAUGAGGGAACUGGCACGUGAAACUGAAGAACUUAAACAUGUUCAGGUCGGUUUGGAUAUGGGUAGACUGAUUCAGCAGUCACGAUCAAAGGCAAAAUUAAGCCAAAAGGAUUUAGCAGCUAGGAUAAAUGAGAAGUCACAAGUCAUCAGCGACUACGAACAAGGCAAAGCAAUACCCAAUGCUGGAGUAUUGAAGAAAAUGGAAAGAGCUCUUGGUGUUCAUUUGACAGGAGAAUGGGCCGGACAACCACUACAGAGACACAAAUAACAAUGAUUUCUAAUUUUUUUGCUGCUACAUUUCAUCAAUCAUCUCCCACUUAGUCUCGCUUACAAUGCAUUGAGUUAUUAACUAAUUAUUAAUCAA